CCAUUUUCUUGGAAGAAUCAUAAAAAUGUCAAAACGACAAAAGCCAAUCAAAUUCUUCUGCUUUCCCUCUUCAACUUUCCCUCUUCCUUUGUCUCCGUCUCUCGCCCACUUUCUCAGCUCCCAAACAUACCCUCCGGAUUCCAGGAAGAAAGAAGGAAGAGAGAAUUCGAAUUCUCUCUCUCUGAGAUAGAUGAUAACGCCGAAUUGGGAGCUCCGCAGUUGCUGCAACCAUGACCAGGUCGUCUUCCUCGCCACCAUCGGAGUCUUCACCUUCGUCAUCCUCGUGCUAUGGAGGACAUUUCUUUUGACGCCCUUUAAGCUCAUAACCGUGUUCUUGCAUGAAGCAAGCCAUGCCAUUGCUUGCAAGCUUACUUGUGGAGAUGUUGAAGGGAUGCAGGUUAAUGCAAAUGAAGGGGGGUCGACUACAACACGUGGUGGCAUAUAUUGGCUGAUCUUACCCGCUGGCUAUCUUGGCUCAUCCUUUUGGGGAAUGGCUUUGAUUCUUGCGUCUACGAAUCUCCUGACAGCAAGAAUAGCUGCUGGCUGCCUAGCUCUCGCCCUGUUUAUUGUUCUCUUCAUUGCCAAAAACUGGACACUCCGAGGGCUUUGUAUCGGAUUCAUAAUUUUCCUUGCCAUUAUCUGGGUUUUACAAGAGACAACGACAGUCAAAAUCCUCCGUUAUGUCAUUUUGUUCAUCGGUGUGAUGAAUAGCUUAUUCUCAGUUUAUGAUAUCUACGAUGAUCUGAUAUCUCGAAGAGUCUAUACGAGUGAUGCUGAGAAAUUUGCUGAGAUCUGCCCUUGCUGUACCGGUGUUGGCUGGGGUGUCAUCUGGGGGGUGAUUUCAUUGGUGUUUCUCUGCGCAUCUUUGUAUCUUGGACUUGUAAUCCUAUCGUAAAGGUACCAUCACCUACACGAGUUGGGUUCUUCAGUUCAAUUUCAGACACUAAGGAGCAAGAACCUUAAAGAGGCUGUCUCUCAUCAUCACCUGUUCUUUGAAUGGUCUGGAAAACGUCUUUGGUUUCUGUCGAGUUCUUCUGCAACUUCAUUGCCUUCUCUGUUGGUGUUCAAGAUUUUGGUUUCAGAUUCUUCGGGUAUCCGAUAAUCGAAAGCUCAUCUUCACCGUCAAUUGGGCGUGUCGGAUUUGUGCAUUCUCGAUUCUUGAUUCGGACAACACAUUUGAUCAAAGUUAGAUUCUUUUGAAAAAAAAAGUUUGUAUUCUUUUGUUGUUCUUGGAGAGUGGAGAGUGGGGAAUAGAAUCCGUUGAUACGUGGAAAUAGAUUCUUUUCAUUGCAUA